UGAAAAUUACUAAGACAUGUUGUCUUAACAUGUCUUAGGUAAACAUAAUAUAAUAGAUCAUACUAAAUAGGAAUAUUGCUACAUUUGUUUGAGAAUAAUUAUGAUUAUAUCCUGGCUGGAAAUUACUCCUUUUUUAUUAUCCCAUAUUAAUGUUUUAUUAUUAUUUUUAGCCAAAAGGCAGAUCUAGCCCUGAUUGGUCUGGCAGUCAUGGGGCAGAAUCUCAUCUUAAAUAUGAAUGAUCAUGGAUUUGUAGUAUGUGCCUAUAACAGAACAGUGACAAAGGUUGAACAAUUUCUUGCUAAUGAAGCAAAAGGGACAAAAAUAAUUGGAGCUAAAUCUCUUGAAGAUAUGGUGCAAAAGUUAAAAAAACCAAGAAAAGUGAUGUUGUUGGUGAAAGCUGGGUCUGCAGUUGAUGAAUUUGUGAAAAACUUAAUACCUCUUCUUGAAAAGGGGGAUAUUAUUAUUGAUGGUGGUAACUCUCAGUAUUUAGACACUCAAAGAUGGUGCAAAGAGCUCGAGCCAACAGGCAUUCAUUAUAUUGGUAUGGGUGUGAGUGGUGGAGAAGAUGGAGCUCGAUAUGGACCUUCAUUGAUGCCUGGUGGUCACCCUGCAGCAUGGCCUCAUGUCAAACCCAUAUUUCAGGCAAUUAGUGCUAAAGCUAAUAAUGAGCCAUGUUGCGAUUGGGUUGGAGAUGGUGGUGCAGGACAUUUUGUAAAAAUGGUUCACAAUGGCAUAGAGUAUGGUGAUAUGCAACUCAUCUGUGAAGUUUAUCACCUCAUGAAGGACGUUCUAGGUAUGACGCAGGAUGAUAUGGCUGUUGUAUUUGAAGACUGGAAUAAAGGCGAACUGGAUUCAUUUUUAAUUGAAAUCACUCGAGAUAUUUUGAAAUUCAAGGAUGAUGAUGGUAAAUUUCUUCUGCCUAAAAUACGUGACUCCGCUGGACAGAAGGGCACAGGAAAGUGGACUGGUAUCAGCGCUCUGGAAUAUGGGGUUCCAGUGACUCUUAUUGGAGAGGCUGUGUUUGCACGGUGCCUAUCAGCUCUAAAAGAUGAGCGUGUCAAAGCGAGCAGAACUCUACCAGGGUCCACAGAGAAAUUUACUGGUGACAAGAAACAGUUCUUAGAUCAUUUACGAAAGGCACUCUAUGCCAGUAAGCUCAUUUCCUACGCACAAGGGUUCAUGUUACUCCGAGAAGCAGCCAAAGUUCACAGUUGGAAUUUGAAUUACGGCAGUAUUGCGCUGAUGUGGCGCGGGGGUUGUAUAAUACGCAGCGUGUUCCUCGGCAAUAUCAAGGAUGCGUACACCAAGAAUCCCCAAUUGUCCAACUUGCUGUUGGACCCGUACUUCAGCGAGCGCAUAAGCGCGUGCCAAGGGUCGCUGCGGCAAGUAGUGGCAACUGCGGCGUUACAAGGAGUACCGGCGCCCACUCUCUCCUCAGCGCUGUCCUUCUAUGAUGGAUACCGAUCGGAUGUAUUACCGGCUAAUUUGCUGCAGGCACAGAGAGACUAUUUUGGGGCCCAUACGUAUGAACUGCUGAGUAAACCUGGCCAAUACGUUCACACCAACUGGACUGGUCAUGGUGGUAAUGUCUCCGCGACCACAUACAAUAACUAAACAAUUAUACAGAAAGUUCCGACUAAUGUGGCGCAUGGUGAAUCUUCGAUUGCGCAGAUUUAUAGUGAGCCUUGUUUUAUUAACCAUAAGGAGUAAAAUAAACCGUAUUAGAUGUCCUCACUCACACUCAGCAGGGGUCAGGUGCGUAGAUGUUGAUGGAUUGGCCCGAUGACGUGAUAUGAAUCAUUCUGAUUGGUCGACAUUUCCUUAUGCGCAUAUACUUCAAUGAGCCACAUCAGUUGGAUCUUAUUGUACAAUUGUUUGUCUACACUUUUAUAUUCCGCUUACUUGUAUUGAUUUCAAUCACUGUGCCUUUUAAAUAAGCUUAAUAACUUUUAAAUUAAGGAUACAUUUUUGAUAUAUUUUAAUGUUGUUUGUACGAAUCAUUGUUAAUUAUUUAAGACAUUCCUGUUCACUUUAUGAAAAAGAUCAUGUAUACUGUUAUUUUGACAUUCCUAUGGUAAAAUAGAAUUUAUGGGAUGGU